AUCUGCUUGUAUAAGAAAGACAAAACUCAGUCUGUACACUGGGCACAUCAUCUCUGUGGCGAGGAACUGACUGAUUAAGACAGAAAGAUGAACAGCGCACAGGAUCCGGUCGUCGGCAUCCCGAAGACAAACAUUUACAAGUUCUUCAUGCGCUCCCGUUCAGUUUUCGAAGACAAGGCAAGCGACGAGAAGAACAGCCCAGAGGAUGAGGAUGAAGAAACUCAGUGUGGCAUCGGCUCCUGUAAACCCCAGGCUUGUCGGCCUUGUGGGAACCUCAUAGCAUUCACGUGUACCUACAGUUUCGUAGGCAUCCUUCUGCAGACGCUCACGACAUUUCUGUCGUCACAGAUAACGACUCUGGAGAAACAAUUCAACUUCAGCAGCACCAUCAGCGGGAUGCUCCUCAGCAGUAACGACAUCGGUUACCUCACUGCAGUCCUAUUUUUCAGCCAUUUUGGCAAACAUGGCCACAUACCAAGGGUCCUUGGCGCAACGGGGAUGUUGUUUGGCUUUGCCGGAAUGUUUACAAGCUUGGCAAAUUUCAUCCAUCCCGUCCAUCUUCCGGAAGAGGUACUGAAUGCGACCAAUGAUUACGAGACCCAGUUUGUGUGUAGGGAGAGUAAUAUGACAAUUAUCAGUUCAGCUGCUCAUGAACAGGCUACGUACGACUCGGGCCGAUCGACCAUAGCGUUGUGGGUUAUUGGGAUUGGUAUGGCAUUGCAAGGUGUUGCCAAAACCACUCGCAUCCCUCUAGCUAGUUUCUACCUUGAUAACAACGUGGUGAACAGGGCACAUACCUCUAUUUAUAUAGGAGCGCUGAUGACAUCCAUUUUGUUCGGGCCUUCUAUUGCCCUCGUGGUUGGGAGUGCCCUGGCCAAGAUUCCAGUUGAUCUUCAAGACACAUACCUGACGCCAAGUGACCCUCGCUGGAUGGGUGCGUGGUGGCUGGGCUUCAUUAUCUUCGGGGGAAUUGGGCUGCUUGUGUCUAUUCCUGUUUUCUUUUUCCCACGGAGAAUCGCAGGGGCCCCUAAAUACGAGAUUCCAGAUACGGAAACAGCUCUUGGAAAGAUCAAAGAUAUGCCUCUGUCUGUGCUGCGAGCUCUGUCCAGGCCAGUGUACACAAUCUUCAUCGUCAACAGCUGUCUGUACGGCUUCGCCGUCAGCGGCCUCAUCUCGUUUGGACCGAAGUACAUAGAGUACCAGUUCAAUAUACCGGCAUGGAAGACCAGUCUUAUUCUAGGUAUAUCUCACCUGGUAACGUCAGCGGCGGGGACGUUCAUAGGCGGUGUCCUCACCGGCCGACUCAACCUCUCUCGGCAGGGAUGUCUAAAACUGAUGAUGGUGGUGCAUGCAGUAUCGUUUGGUCUCAACUGUUGUGGCUUCAUACUUGGCUGUGACAAUACGCCCAUAGAAGGAGUCGAUUUCUUCCGCAAUGACAACGAAACUGGCCGGGCAUGCUUCUGUAGUGGGACGCCAUUUCUGCCCGUAUGUGGAGCUGAUCACGUGACCUACUCUAACCCCUGUCAAGCAGGAUGCUGGAAUCAUACGGGUGACGUAUACGGUAGCUGCAGUCGUGUCGAAGGGAUGACUGCGACACCAGGUAUUUGCGACAACGGCUGUAACAACCUCAUCCCCUACAUUGUGACGUCGGUGUUGAUGACCAUGGUCGCGACAGUGGCAAUAAUACCACACUACAUGGUGUACUUGAGGAGCGUUGAAGAACGAGACAAGGCUCUGGCGAUUGGUAUUACCAACUUUCUCUCAACAUUACUUGGUUGGUUACCAGCCCCAAUUGUGUACGGCAAGGUCAUUGACAGCGCCUGUAAAAUCCUGCGUGGCGGUUCAUCUCAUGGCAACGGCGCCUGCUCGCUGUAUGACAUUGUCGAUCUCAGGUACAAGGUGUUUGGUCUAGAAGUGUCAAUCAAAGUCGUAGCCUUCAUUCUGCUGGUCAUAUCCCUCAUUGUGUGUCGCUGGGAGGACAGGAAGAACGAGAGCAAGGGUCAAGCACACAAUAAUGUCGUCCUCACAAAAAAGAUAUCUCAACAUGACGGAGAAAAGUCCAUUGGAAACAGCACCAGUGGAACAUCAGGGAAAAACGAUAAACAUUAGAAAAACCUUUGUUGCUAAUGUUGUUAAGCAAUGGGGUGGACACUUACGAUGAACAUGUACGAUGAUGUGUAAUGCUUUAGUUGAAUUUGAUAUGGAUAAAUUGAAAAAUUAAAAAAAGAAAUGU